AUGACCUUGGAGAUGACUUUGCUACGCCUAUCAGGUGCCUUUGGUCGCCCGGCGAGGAGUGGUGGUGCGGCUGCGGCUGGUGGAGGGCCGCGCACUCAGCUGCCGUUUCUUCGCAAGUUGGUGCAGGACGCGUUGCUUAUUCCCAACACACAUCAAAGCAGUACGCCGUUCAGGCCGUAUCCCCCGCCCAGCUCCGGGGAACAGAAGCAACGGGGGAGCACGGUGCUCUACAAGGACACGCAGUGCAUCAUCGUCAACGACGCGUACCCAAAGUCACGGCUGCACUGUCUGGUUCUGCCGUUGGACCUUUCCUUACACUCCAUCAAUGCCUUGCGCAUUGAGCAUGCACCACUGCUACGCCACUUUAUGGAUGUCGCGGAUCGCUACGUCCAGUUUCACCGGAAAAGCUCCGUGGGGGAAAAGGACACGUU